AUGAAUUCCGACAAUAAGGGCAAGAACAAAAGACCUGCUGACAAUGAGCCCGAUUCCGAGAAGUCAUCGGACGACAAAGGAUCCGACGACAAUGAUCCUAUUGAAGAUGCUACAAUCCUCAAGAGCACUACGGUCCUUCCUCAAACAACUCUAGAAGUGUCUACCAUGGCCUAUCCCCCACCAGGUUCUUUGACUCUAUUCACGGUCAAUCCCUUAUUGAACUCGGCCCCAUUCGAAUUCGCCUCAACCUCUGAUCUCCCUUAUGAGCUUCAGUUAUGGUGGCAACUAUACCACCAUCGUCACGUCACCGUUAAAGACACAGAUCUCUGGGCUAUGGUCACUCUCAUCAGCCAACAAACCAAGUCCAACCUUUAUGAACUGGUCAAGAAGGUACUCAAUCAUUCUAUUAACUAUGUAGAGCUUAUUAUUGGACCUGGAGCCUCGAAAUUCUUUCUCAUCCGCUUCAAAGGCACUCGGGCUAAGGAACUUCUUCAAAAAGAUAACCGUCACGAUCGAGGUGUCUUUGUUUCUUUCUUAGGGUCUCACAAACCUACUUCUUUACUCAUCUUCGACUUAGAACCGAUUGCACCUACUACUCCUACUAUGUCAAGCUUAUUAGUGACUAUGCAUGGUCUCCCUUUCCCUUUACACACUCAUCAAAUAUGUGAUACGGUCUGGGGUUCAAUUGCUGCAGUUACGAAAAAUCACCCUCUUAAACUCACUGGUGUUCGAGAGCUCAGCAAGAAGCCUAUCUUUGCUCAUGGAGGUGGACGUGUCUUCGAGAUCCACUUCGAACAAGCCAUGGCUGUUAAAUGGCUCAAGUUGUUAUCUCGACCCAACAAGUACAUUGACAUGUUUGGUUGGGAUUCAAAAGGAGCUGAGACUGAUGAACGAUACAACCUUCAAAUCAGAUUCAUUCCUACCUGCUCUCAAUGUGGCACAAGCUCAUAUGAUGGAGCUCAUCUCCUGGCCUGUCCCUUUGUCAAGAUACGUGAUUUGAUCAGCAAAGCCCUCGGACGUGACUUAGGACCUCGUCAAAAGCCUCUUUUGUUUGAUGACACUGAAACUACUACACCAGUCGCAUCAACUUCAACCUCAACCUCUACCAACAAACCUGUUAGGAAGAUUGGUAACUUUACUGUUAGAGACUGA